GGUGCGGGUCCGGAGAUGUGACCCGGCCUCUCGCUGAAGCUGCGGCGUUGGCUGCGGAGGCUCUGCUGUCUUUGCAGAUUGAGGAAAGGGGUCCCGACCCCCUUCUACCCCGGUGUCUCUUCUUACACUUCUACCUGAUUUCAUCGGAAUCCACUGGGAACGGGAUGAUUUUGCAUUUGUUUCUUGGCCAGGACUCUGAAAGUCUUUGAGAAGACAUGGUCUUAAGAAGCUGGCCUUGGUGCAACAAAGAACUUAAAACAAUGGAAGAGCGGAAAGUGAAGAGGAGGAGUCCUAAGUCUUUUAGUGCCCACUCUACUCAGGUUGUUAAUGCCAAAAAAAAUGCCAUUCCAGUUAGCAAAAGCACAGGGUUUUCAAAUCCUGCAUCACAGUCAACUUCCCAGCGACCAAAGUUAAAAAGAGUGGUGAAAGAAAAGAGCAAGCCUCAGGGAGGAGAAGGAAAGGGCACUCAGUCUACCCCGAUCCAGCACUCGUUUCUCACCGAUGUCUCGGACGUGCAGGAGAUGGAGCGUGGCCUCCUCAGUCUCUUGAAUGACUUCCACUCUGGAAAACUUCAAGCAUUUGGAAAUGAAUGUUCCAUAGAACAGAUGGAACAUGUUCGAGGAAUGCAGGAAAAAUUAGCUCGCUUGAAUUUGGAGCUCUACGGGGAGCUAGAGGAACUUCCUGAGGAUAAGAGGAAAACAGCCAGUGACUCUAAUCUGGACAGGCUUCUGUCUGAUUUAGAAGAACUGAAUUCCUCUAUACAGAAACUUCACUUGGCAGACACACAAGAUGUUCCAAACACUUCUACCAGCUAGAGUGAGAUGCACUCCACUCUCCUGGGACCUGCAGCGAUGCGGCAUUCUUACUUUUCCCGAUGAACCCAGUAGCAGAAUCAGUCAUCUUCCACAACAGGAUUAAAGUAACUAAUGUGCAAGUGCAAUGACCGUUCCCAUCACUGCUUUUAGUAAAUUUGCUCGCUGUAAUUCAUGGUAGGUGGAGGUCAGGGCCUGGUCGAAGACUGACUGAGCCAGGACGCGCGAUGAUUCGUGCUGCUCUGCUUUGUACUGUUGCCUUAUGGGGUUAUACUUGAAAUCCUUCGUGCUAAUGUUCUUGCUGGGGCUGGAGGAGUGAUCCUUCCUGAGUGCAGCAGCUUGUUCCCGUGAGGGCCCUAAGCUGACGGUGCACAGGUCUUCCAGGCCAGCCCAGCUUCAGUUUACCUUAGACAAUCAGUACACACGCACGUGUGUUUUCCAAUGGCCAGUGACAACGAAAUGUUAAAUAAGUAUUGUGAGCUAUUUUUAAUA